AUGGCGACUGGCAGCAAAGCGUUUGGGGCUCUUAAAUGGUUGAGCCGCAGCUGCGCCUGGGCGCCGGUCCUUGAGCCAUCAAAACAAUGUUUGCCAAAGCAAUUGUCACGGUCAAUGGCGACUGAAACCCAGAUCCCGACCGGCAGUCUCUUGACAGCUUUCGCAGACGCUCACGUAUCUCCCAUCUCCCCAGCCGCUGACGAUAUCCCGGCGCCGGCAUGGAGCUCUAAACCGGUGAUCGCCACACUUUACGACUUUCCUUCAAUGGAACCACUUCGAUUCCUCGAGUACAGGAAUGAGCAUCUUCUUCUGCCGCUUCGCCGCGACCUAUUGCACCGCGCCGUGGUUUAUGAGGGUGACAUGACACGACAGGGCACGGCAAGUACAAAGUGGAGAAGCGAGGUACGGGGUAGCCGCAAGAAAGUCCGCCCACAAAAGGGAACGGGACGAGCGCGUCUAGGAGACAAGAAGUCGCCCAUGUUGAGAGGUGGUGGUGUCGCCCAUGGACCACAUCCACGAGACUUUUCCACCGAACUUCCGCGAAAGAUCUACGACAAGGCGUGGCGGACUGCCCUUAGCUACCGAUACCGGCGGGGACAGUUGAUCAUCGUCAACGACAACAUUUCUAUGCCGAAAGAUACCAGCGUGCAUUACUUGAAGGAAAUUUUCGAUAGAAACGAUUGGGGCCGCAAGUUUGGGCGUUCGCUGCUUAUCACGGAGCUGAAGAAGGAAAAACUGUUCGAAUCGGUGGAGCAAAUCGGGGAAGAUGCGAGAGUCUUGGAUCGUGAGGAUGUGGACGUCAAAGAUCUGUUGGAGACGGGACGAUUGAUUGUUGAAAAGAUGGCACUGGAUCGAAUGCUGGCUAGUCAUUCCAGUGAUUUGAAGAGCAAGCCAAGGAGAGCCUGA